UUUUCUAAAAAAUGGAUACUAAAAAGUGCAGAUUUUGGUCAUUCCUAGUGAUUGGGCUAAUGGUAAGCACAGGAUGCACGGCUCAAUCAGGGUGCUCGAACAACAUGAUCAGCGGCCUUUCCUCGUGCAUAACCUACCUCCGGGGGAACUCGACGCGGCCACUGCCAGCGUGUUGCGCCUCUCUGGCCAACAUCCAGCAGUCGCAGCCCGAGUGCAUCUGCCCCAUGCUCAGCAAUAACGGCGCAAGCGCCACCCUCGGCAUUGCCAUCAAUCGGACUCUUGCGAUGGCGAUGCCCGCUACAUGCAAACUUACAACUCCUUAUUGUGAUGAUGGACCUGCAGCAAGCUCCCCUACAAUCUCUCCCACAUCGGACACCUCCCUCGUACCUCCGACUAAAGCACCAUCUGCCGAUUCCGAUUCCAAUUAUUCCGAUUCAGAUUCGAAGACACUUCCGAACAUUGAUACAUCUUAUGGAAAUGCUGCGACUGCGACAACGUCAUCGAUUUACCUUACACUCAUGGCUGCUUGGAUCGUCACCACUUGUCAUUUUUAACAUUAAUUUUCCCUUCAAACUAUUCAUGUUUCUUGUAAAACUAUAUUGGCUUCUACCUAGCUCCAUUUAUUCUUCGUUAAUUUUUAUGGGCUCUACUAGCUUAGUGUGAUAAAAUAGGUAUAUUGUUUGCUGAGUUAA